AUGCGCGAGUAUAAAGUGGUGGUCCUGGGCAGUGGUGGGGUCGGGAAAUCCGCCCUCACUGUGCAGUUUGUUACCGGGACGUUCAUUGAGAAGUACGACCCCACUAUAGAGGAUUUUUACCGCAAGGAGAUCGAGGUGGACUCGUCCCCGUCGGUGCUGGAGAUCCUGGACACUGCUGGCACCGAGCAGUUCGCCUCCAUGCGGGAUCUGUACAUCAAAAAUGGACAGGGGUUCAUUCUGGUCUACAGCCUGGUCAACCAGCAAAGCUUCCAGGACAUAAAGCCCAUGCGAGACCAGAUCAUAAGAGUCAAAAGGUAUGAGAAAGUUCCGGUGAUCCUGGUGGGGAACAAAGUGGACCUGGAGAGCGAGCGGGAGGUGUCUUCGAGCGAGGGCCAGGCGCUGGCGGAGGAGUGGGGCUGCCCGUUCAUGGAGACCUCGGCCAAAAGCAAAACCAUGGUUGACGAACUGUUCGCCGAGAUCGUCCGGCAAAUGGACUACGCCGCUCAGCCCGACAAAGACGACCCCUGCUGCUCCUCCUGUAAUAUACAAUAG